ACACUGUCAAAAAAACUUGCUGUAAAGUCAAUGUAAAGUGCAAAUGAAAAUGUCAAUAUAAAAACACAUUAAAAAGGAGUGAAAAUCUUUAUAAACUUCUUGUUUUUUAUUUAUUCCCGGAUUGGUGUAAUAAUAAAAUUACUAAUACAUAAUGGCUAAGUUUAAAUUGAAAAAACAAUCCAAAAGACAGCCUGCCCGCCUCCGUUAUAAAAUAGAGAAGAAAGUCAAAGACCAUAAUCGGAAACAGAAGAAAGAACUAAAAAAGAAUCCAAAAUCUAAAAAACAGAAGCCAGUCCAAAUUCCCAAUGUGUGUCCAUUUAAAGAAGAUAUUUUAAAAGAAGUGGAAGCUAUGAAGAAACACAAAGAAGAAGAGAGACAGAAGAAGAAGGAACAGUCAAAAUUAGAGAAACAAAAGAAAUUAGGUGAAAAGAAAAGUAAUGGAAUCAGUAUGGACAACAUGGUGUCAAAUGCGCAAGCCAGAGGCAAAGUGCAUGAGGCGUUUAAAUCUGACGAGCAAAGUGAUGACAUUGAGUUUGGGAAGGACCGCAAGCAAGAGAACUCUCUGAAGACGUACUACAGGGAGUUCAAGAAGGUGAUAUCUGAAGCCGAUGUCAUACUGGAGGUGGUCGAUGCCAGGGAUCCACUUGGCACCCGCUGCACCCAAGUGGAGGAGGCGGUCCGUGACUCCGGCAAGCGUCUGGUCCUGGUCCUCAACAAGGCGGACCUGGUCCCCCGAGCCAAUCUCACCGCGUGGCUCGAGCACCUUCGCCGCUCUGCCCCGGCCAUACCCUUCAAGGCAUCCACUCAGGACCAACAGCACAACUUGGGACGGAAGAAGAUGAAGCAUGUUGUUAAGGAGAAGGAGAUGAAGGGCUCAGCGUGCGUGGGCGCGGAACUCCUCAUGGGUCUGCUGGGCAACUACUGCCGCAACAAGGGCAUCAAGACGUCGGUCACGGUGGGCGUGGUCGGCCUGCCCAACGUGGGCAAGAGCUCCAUCAUCAACAGCCUGAACAGGUCAAAGGCGUGCAAUGUGGGGAGCACACCGGGGGUUACUAAACAAAUGCAAACAGUCCAGAUAGACUCGAAAAUCAAGAUCCUGGACAGCCCCGGCAUAGUAUUCUCUUCAGGGUCGGACUCAGACUCGACUGUCGCUCUCAAGAACGCCAUACGAGUGGGCGCACUGAAGGAUCCCGUCACACCGGCCACUGCUAUACUGAUGCGAGCUAAUAAGGCUACUCUGGUGGACCUGUAUGGGAUUCCUGAGUUUAAUACGCCGCAGGAAUUCUUCGCGUCGCUGGCGGGCCGCAUGGGGCGGUUCAAGAAGGGCGGCGUGCCGGACCAAGAAGCAGCCGCUAGGAUACUGCUCAAUGAUUGGAACACUGGCAAGGUCCGCUACUUCACGGAGCCCCCGCUAGCGCCUACAGACGUCCAUAUAGACGCUCAGAUUGUGUCGGCGGCCGCGGCAGAGUUCGACAUCAGCAGCUUCCAAAGUAUGGAGACCGAUGCUCUGAUGGAGCUACAGGGGACCGGAGAUAUGUGUGAGGGGAUGAAGAUCACAAGCACCGGCCCCGUCACUGCGAAAGUAGAAGACGACAUGCAAGUAGACGAAGACGAAUCCAGCAUACUCCCUAAGACCCUGAGCAUAAGGUCCAAACUCGACAAAAGCAAGAAUGCAAAGGAAAAAACAAAAGCGGAUCCGGAAAUGAACCUCGAAGGGAACAUGAAGCAGAACAAAUUAAGAAAACAACAGUUCAAGAAGGACAAGAAAAAGAAGGCCAGAAAUGAAAAACAGGCUGUAAACCUUGCUGGGGUUCUUGAGAAUGUUACCCUUACGACUUAUAGUAAGAAGGACGACUAUGAUUUCAAAGAAGAUUUCUCGCUUUAGUUUCGUUUUCUACUAGGUGUGCCUAGUCCCCUUUUUAUUUGUAAGAUGUAAAUGAAUAAAAAGUAUU